AUGCAAGAUUAUAAGUAUCCAAAGAUUGAUGCCAAGCAUUUUCAUUAUCAUAAUGAUGGGACUGGAAGGUAAGAUUGACGUAUCAAUAUUAGGGAUCAAUAUGUAAAACAUACAAAUGGUGGUCUUUUGUCUUAAAAAAUGCUUAGCUCACUCGAUUUGUCUCCAAAGGCUGAUUUCACAAAGAUGAUAUUUCCAAAAAGUGCAACAAAGUAAAGUAUAUUUUAAUAAGUUAGUUCUCGAAGCAGGGGAUUACUUCCUCCUUAACAUUAAAGAAUUCAACAUUAUUUUGGGGAUGGAAAAGGUCGAGAUUUUUUUGUAACGAUUAAUGAUGGCGGAUAAGUGUAAUUAAAGAGUUGGAAAGAUCAUCCAGAUUAAGCAUUCCCUUCUCAAUUACGAAAGUAUGGAAGGGAGUACUCUCAACCUGACUGUGUUAAGUACAUGAUAUCAAAUAACACAAAAUUAUAAUAAUUAACCCAAACGAUGAAGUUAAGACAGAGUGACUUCACAAAGCAUAUCAGUGCCCCUAAGAAACAAUCGAGUCCAUAAUUAUAGAGUUUUAUGCCAGAUUUGAACGAAGGGGGGAAAUAUCAGACAUACCAAUAACUGAAGUACUAGAGUAAGGCAUGUUCUUUUGCAGAAUGAU